AUGGCCGAAUCCAACCAGUCCACCUCCCAGCAGGCCGAACCGUCCACCCCGUCCCCAAAUGGCAAGGCCGUACCGUCCACCCUCUCCGCACAGAUCGACCUCCUCGUCGCGCUGCACCUCUGGUCGUGGCCGGCCUUGACCCUCGCCAUUCAGAACAACUGGGGUGGCUCGGCGCAGGUGUCCAAGGACAAGCGCGACUGGCUGGCGGGUGCCGUGUCCGAACUGCUCACCUCAACCCCACCUCAGCUGGCUGACGUCGGCGAUCUCGAGGAAGUGCUUCUACAGGUCAUGGCUGAUGAGUUUGAGGUCGUGGUAGACGACGACAGCGCCGAAGAAGUCGCAAGGGGGAUAUGGAGUGGGUGCGCAAAGCUCGUGGAUGGCGACACAACUGGGUUGCAAGCGCUCUAUGAGAAGUGGCAGGAGAGGCAGAAGAAGGGCGGGGAGCCGAAAGUUGAGAUUGUCAGGGCGGAGGAUAAAGAGGGGGAGGAAACAGAUUGGGACGAUGAGGACGACGAGGACGACGAGGACGAGAACAACUGGAAGGUCGAUAGACCCGACGUCAAUAUGGACGAGGCGCCUCCCCUCGUUGACAUUGAUUGGAUGCCGAAAAAGACGACCAAGAACAAACCCGAGCCAGAGGUCGACGAGGAGGGGUUCACGAAAGUGGUGGGCAAGAACAAGAAGAAAUGA